AUGAAAUCCGUUAUUGUCCUGAACACCGAGAGCGAAGGUAGUGAAGCUCAUACACUGAAGAACUAUUUACGGGGAAGGAUGCCUACGUUAGCAGAUUUGAGAGGUAUCAUUGAUAUCUUAGCUGAGGACCUGGAUUUUGAAAAGCAAUUUCACCGUAGUGACUGCGUCCUAUUGAUUGGUUCGCACCAAGCCUCGUCCCUCAUUCAAAACAAGCAGCAAGAAACCGAAGGUGACUACAUCACUUUUGAUGGAAAGUUCAUACAUGAGCAGCUCACAGAAAACAAAGAGCUUGUUAGGGACAAACUGGUUAUGGUUUUCUUGACGGAAAGAAAGGAGAGUGAU